AAGACGAAAUCCAAUGACAUAUUCUUUCACAUGUGCCAGAUAAACCUUCCCCACACACAACUCACGUUGAAUUCAACAAAACAAAAGUAUAUAAAAGUUGAUAAUAUUCAUUUGUUGACAGCUCCCUUCCCUUUUGAAAACCUUUUUUUCUCUUUGUUAUUGUUCAUAGUGAAAUCCAAAAUAAUUCAAACCCAACAUCAACAAAUUUCAAUUCUCUUUAUUCUUCGAUAUUCCAAUUCUGAUUCUAAUAAUACCAUGGUUCUAUUUGGAUCCAACGCAAAUCACCAACAUUGAAUCUCCAAUAUUGCAAUCCUGAUUUCAUUGUUAGGUUAUAAAGAGUUAUUAACAAUAAAAGAAAAGAAGAAAAUGAGAGUCUCAAAAUCUCAAGUGUGGCAACCCUGUAAGAAGAAGAGACUAUAAUAAAGUGAAUACUUCGAAUAUAGAAAAGAGAAAAAAUGCGUUCAUCUCAGAGUAGCGGCAGUCUUAGCAGCGUCGCCAGUAGCGGCGGAAGGACAAGAGUUGGGAAGUUCGAGCUUGGUCGGACGCUAGGCGAGGGAAAUUUCGCGAAGGUGAAGUUUGCUAGGAACGUUGAAAGUGGAGAACACGUAGCUAUCAAGAUUCUCGAUAAGGAUAAAAUUCUCAAGCACAAAAUGAUUCGUCAGAUAAAACAAGAAAUAUCAACAAUGAAACUCAUUAGACAUCCAAAUGUCAUACGCAUGCAUGAGGUAACAGCUAGCAAAACAAAGAUAUUCAUUGUUAUGGAACUUGUGACCGGUGGGGAGCUUUUUGAUAAAAUUGUACGCAGUGGGAGGUUGAAAGAAGAUGAAGGAAGAAAAUAUUUUCAAGAGCUUAUAUGUGCUGUGGAUUACUGUCAUAGUAGAGGUGUUUGCCACAGAGACCUAAAGCCUGAGAAUUUAUUGCUGGAUUCUAAUGGAAGGCUUAAAGUAUCAGAUUUUGGAUUGAGUGCGUUGCCUCAACAAGUUCGGGAAGAUGGGCUACUUCACACAACAUGUGGUACGCCAAAUUAUGUCGCUCCAGAGGUAAUCCACAAUAAAGGAUAUGAUGGUGCAAAGGCGGAUCUCUGGUCAUGUGGUGUUAUUCUUUUUGUUUUAAUGGCCGGCUAUUUGCCCUUUGAAGAAACCAAUCUUAUGGCUUUAUAUAAAAAGAUUUUCAAGGCUGAGUUCACCUGUCCUCCAUGGUUCUCUUCAAGUGCAAAGAAACUAAUCAAAAGGAUCCUUGAUCCCAAUCCUAAUACAAAACAGCGGAUUACAAUUGCCGAGGUCAUUGAAAAUGAGUGGUUCAAGAAGGGAUAUACACCUCCUGUGUUUGAACAGGCUGAUGUUAGUCUUGAUGAUGUAAAUUCUAUUUUCAGCGAUUCUAUGGAUUCAGUAGAUAUUAUCGUUGAAAGGCAUGUAGAGAGGCCUGUGGCACCUGUGACUAUGAAUGCAUUUGAACUUAUCUCUAAGUCUCAAGGCCUCAACCUUGGUAAUCUUUUCGAGAAACCAAUGGGACUUGUUAAAAGGGAAACGAGAUUCACAUCCAAAUGUUCAGCGAAUGAGAUAAUUUCAAAAAUCGAGGAAACUGUAGGACCUCUGGGUUUUGAUGUCAAGAAAAACAACUGCAAGUUAAAGAUUCAAGGGGAAAAGACUGGACGAAAAGGUCAUCUAUCUGUAGCCACUGAGAUCUUGGAGGUGGCCCCUUCAAUUUACAUGGUUGAGAUGCGAAAGUCGGGAGGAGAUACUCUGGAAUUUCACAAGUUCUACAAGAAUAUAUCUACUGGGCUGAAAGAUAUCGUUUGGAAAGCAGAGCCGAUAGAUGAAGAAAAAUACGACGGUGCCAGUACAUCAAAAUAAUUGUUACCCAUGUCUUCAUCUUUGUACAAAGUACUAUCACAUACUUGUGUAUUAUUAUUAUUGGGUAAGUGGGCAAUAACUUGAAGGAUUCUGUUAAUGGUCUUUUUUCUCUCUUCUUUUUCCUUCAGACAUGAUGUUAUUAUUUUUGAUUUGAUACUGUAUAUCAAACAACCUUUUACUUUUUGGUGCUGUGACAUACAUUACAAAUGCAAAGGAAAACUGGCUCAACAGAAGUAAGAAAUUUCUAGCAUAUAUCUGUAAAACAAAUUGGAUAUAUCUUAUUUAUUCAACAGCUUGAAUAACAACUUAUAUUCCUGAUGGCC